GCUUCGUCUUGCCUCCUGUGUGGACUCCUCGUAUGUGGACUGUGUGGACAGCAAGAGCUUUCGUCCUCUUGCAUUGCUCCUGCCAGCCACAUCCAUCCUAUCAGCUGCUGCUGUUGCUGCGACUGCCGCUGCCUCCAACGGUCAGAGCUUCUUAUCGUUUGCCAAUUCUGCGUGCCAUCCAACUUCCUUUCUUCCUUUCUAACCCUCUACACUACUGUACACCGUACCUUUGCUUCCCUCCCCCUUCUUUGGAACACAACCACACUCGUUUGGACUUUUGGCGAAUAUUCAAUUCCCAUUCCCAUCCCCACUCCCACUCCCACUCCCACUCCCGCAACCAACUCAUCCCAGCAUCGAUUGACUGGAUAUCCCGGCCAUCAAGCUCCAAUCGUCUACGUACGAGUGAGUACAACUACGAUUGCAGCUCUACGGUUUUACAGCACUCGAAUAGCUGCCAUCUAGGAAUGCGAGUGCCCAUCCCCUUUGUAUAAUGGCGCCAUCAUUUCUCAAGGAAAUCCGUAGACGCUCCAAAUCCAGCUUUAGAACCAACCGAAGUACCGAUUCAAGCAAUGCUUCCAACAACGAAUCCGGUGCUUCGGUUCCCACGACAAAAUCUUCUUCGACCUUGAGCUCCGUCUACGGAAGCACAACUCCUCCUGCCUCAUCUCUAUUGUCCAAAUCUCCCUCUGCCGGGAAUCUGCAACAACGAUUGGGCACUCCUCCACCAAUUCCAAAUGGUCGCCCAACGGUGUCGACAUCUUCGAGUAAUCGCUACAGUGUGUCGGGCAUGUCUGGUUUGGGCUCCCCGUCUCCUAAGUCCACUCUUCCCACCUCGCCAUAUGCGCCGCGGAUCUUGUCCAUCACAGAUAACACUUGGGUAGGCUUAUUCUCACGAGGCACCUGUAGAUGGCGAAGAAGUCACUGAUAAGUCACAGGUCUACCAAAAGGUCCUCUCCAUUUACGGAACGAUAGCAGAUCCCUCUACUCAAGCUCUGGAAGGAAAUUUGACGGUGAGCCGUCAAGACGAUGGCUUCCCUCCAACCUACUGGCCUGUCUCAGAUUCCCAUUUUAAAGCUUUGGUUUAUCUCACACCAGGUCCCAAUCGAUUGCGAUUCGACUUUACUUCCCCCAAACUUGCAAACAGUAACACAUCGAACCCCAUUCAUUCUUCCUACCUCACACUCCAUAUGCUACCGCCACAAUGCUCGCCUCCACUACAACUCGUAAUUAUGUUAGCCAAGGACUCGCCAGGAACAUUUGAUGCAGUUCCUGCUCGAAUAGAGAGGGAGGGUAAUGGUCUUGAUACUGCCAUCAAGAAAUUUAGAAUGGCGGCAUAUCUGUGGCAGGCUUUCACGGCAGAGCAGAUGUAUCGCAACAAGCUAGGCAGAAGAGUGUUCAGAAUGGAAGAGGAAUGGGUUACGGGAACCUCAAAUCUUCGAGACCGGGAAAUGGGUACGAUGAGAAGCGAGGCCAAGGUUCACGUUGUUCGUUGUGACAAGACCGUUGCCGAAAUCCGAGAUCUGGAUUUGGCGCAGCAAAAUCCCAAAGCCCGGAAGAGUGGAGAGCUGUUUUCUACAGCAUCAGAAGCUGUCAAAAACCACUUUCAGUCACUUCCUGGGCAGAAGCAAUAUGUCUCAGUGCUGAUACUAGAUUCUCAUUGGGACAAGGAAGCUCAAAUGAUCACAGGUCAUGCUGCUCUAGGAGGCGGAGGUGGAGAUCUCCAACUGGCCAUCUGUGGUUCUCAUGCUUUGCAAAGCUAUCCUUCUUGUAUUGAGGAGGUCGUACCCGCGUUUUCCGACUGCACGCCAACUGAUACUGACUACGUUGCCAACGACUGUAACGAAUCAGGGAGUAACUGGGAAGCUGCGAACAUUGGAAUUGGUGCUCACAUGCAUGAAACCGGCCAUCUGUUUGGUUGCCCUCAUGCUGAGAGUGGUGUGAUGCUUCGUGACUACGUCACCUUGAAUCGAUCCUUUACUACGCGCGAACCAUUCUCGACGAGAACAAAAUCGAAGGGUGGCCUCGUGCUGCCCAAAGACGAAUGCACAUGGCACCGUCUAGAUUGCUUGCGCUUCAGAGGACAUCCCUGCUUUGCAUUGCCAACUGAUCCGCCAAGGGCAACUGACGACUCGGUUCAGGUAUGGCCUGUUGAUGGUGGGAAUGUAAUCGUUACUGCAACAUCAGGCGUAUCUCUCAUGGAAAUAUAUACACCAGGGGAUGACGUUUGUCACUACUGGCAAGAAUUUGGCGAUGGCAAUGGCAAUGGGCCGAUCCAGAAGCAAAUAAAUCUAACUGAGCAAGACUUGCGAUCCCGACUACCAGAGGAACGCAAGAAAAUGCCUCUGAAAUUAUCAAUCAAGUCGGUGGCAGGCGGCAGCCAUGAAGUGGAAGACUUUGGUAUACUUGCAUCCAAAGCUUCAAGGACAAAACUACAAAAUGGCCAAAUGGCAUUCAGAAGCAGCAAGCUCGGGCUCUCACAGAUGAAUGGCUCUCAGCCACAGGAAUUUGCUUUUGACAGCGUGUUGCAACAAACCAAGAUCAUCACACAGGUAAAGGUAUAUCAUGGAUUCGCACUGGAUGGUAUAGAAUUCAUGUAUGAGGACUCUACAAGUCAAUUGUUUGGUAAACGAGGCGGCCAACCUGGUGGGAGUGAUUUCUUUCUAGGUAAAUCAAAUAUCACCAGAACUCGCCCAUUUCAGGUUGCUAAUUGUCUUUAGAUACCAGGAGAGGCGAAUACAUUACUGGAUUUUACGUGAGGAGUGGGGUUUGGGUUGAUGGAAUCGCGAUUAUGACUAGUCUCGGCAGAAAGUCUGCCGUAUUUGGGAACCCGACUGGCGGUUCUGGGUAAGUCAUUCUUUCUUGCUUGAUUGCUUGAGGUUAACAGAUGUAGACAUACUUUGAUACCCCCACGUGGAUAUAGCAUUGCAGGAGUUAGUGGAUCAUGCGCGGAUUGGGUGGAUGGAUUUGGUAUCCUUAUUACUCGAUGAAGAUGGCAUAACGCUUUCGAUUCAAGACACAAGAAUCAAUUUGGGCAUUUCAGCGGGCAUAUGAGAACAACAAGCAUACUUGUUCAAUUCUGAGAGUCAGGGCCGUCCGGGUCUCCUUAUGACCCGGCUAGGGAUAUCAUAAUAACGGUGAGGUACGAAUGAGUACGUAAUGAGGAUUGUGGGCUGUAUAUAAUCGUCUCCAGCCUGUUUGCAGAACAGCAGCUGCAAUGGCUUCGGAUCAAGCAACAUAGAAGUGCGGUUAGUAAUAGAGCUUCUUCGUUGUAUCUACAAAGUGUUGAUCACGGGCACUGCUAUCCUCGGCGUACGAUGUGAUGUAUGGAGAAUGCAGGCGGGCUAGAAAUAGAUCAGCACCACAAUUGUGAUCAACAGAGUUUGUGCUGGUACAAUUAAAGGUUGCAACAAACUCAUAAGCAUUCUGUGGGACCCCCAAUUGCGGUAGCGGCUAAUGGCAAUCUCUUGACAAGUGCUCGGUAGUACCCCCUUGUGUCCCAUUUAUCUCGCGGGAUGAUGUCAUCGAUAACUGAAGCUUUCCCAAAGGCUUCGCAUUACACACGUACGUCUGAAGUACGAUACUCUUAUUACAUGCCCCUCCGUGCACCGAGACUGAGACAGAAAACCAGGUCUUUGGCACGAGUACUCGGAAUUCCCUCGCUUGGACCAAUCAUGUGCUUUUGUGAAGUGUUAGGAUCACAUUAGCUCAUGAGCUAGCUCACUACAAGUAAUGCCUUCUCCUUCCCGCGCCUAGCCAACGCUACGCAAUGCAGCCCAGCUCAGCUCAGCUUUCUUUGUCGAGACCAAUCUCUAACUUCAGGUCCUUCAGAGCUUCGUCAACCUUCUUACCAAGUACUUGCCCUACCUAAGAAACCUAUUCGAUCGUGAUCUGACAACGACCUGUCAUAGCUCAGUGUCUCCUACUUCAAGAUGGUCUCCCUUUGGGGCAACAAGGACGGCGAGGAGAAUGGAAAUAACGCCACUACCCCGCAAAAUGGAGCGUCCAGCAGCAGUCAUCAACCUCGCAAUUCAGAACCGGAUGAAAGAACCCAAUUGCUUCCACCUUCGCAUCACGAGGGAUUCCUAAGCCCCGACGAUCCUGCGGUAACUUGAAGCGAAUCCGCAAUGUAUCUGACAAUUACUGAUGAAGAAAUAGGUUACCCCGUAUAAUCUCUGGUCGGUGCGCUUCACGCGGUACUUUACAGUCUUCUUUGCGGUAAUCACCUUCCUCUGGUGGGCUCUCCUGUUAGUGUCCAUAUUCGUAAGUCCGCCGGGAAUGCACUCCCGUGGCUCGGGCUUCUUCGACUUCUCGUAUACGACGUUGACGUUGGGUGUACUCCUGGUCGUCCUACUUUUCUUCUCUGUCCCCUCGACGGCCUCACAGGUGACUUGUCUGAUCAUCUCGCUGGUACUGCUGGUUGAUAUGAUCUUGAUUGUGUCUGUCGCUCGAUUGCGUACCGAGGAAGGUUGGGUUGGGAUCACUAGUUGUGUAUGGGCUCUUCUCAUGUCACUAUGGGCAAUUUCUACAGACCAACUCGUCACCUGGGGCAAACAUGAGGAGGAAGAACGUCUUACUGGUCGUCAAGAAACUCGUCGUACCGUUGGGGAAUGGUUCGCGGUUCUAGCGUCAACAAUCGUGCUGAUUGUUGUUGCUAUGGUUGGUGUACUUUUGACAGCAACCUUGAUUCUUCGAGCUCGCGAUGCUUCUCUUGCACCACCAGGAGAGAGAUAUUACGUCGAUGGAGACAAAUAUCAGAUUCACAUAUUCUGCGAGGGCAACGCGACAGACUCCAGUGGAAAGAAACUUCCAACAGUUCUCUUUGAGGCAGGCGAAGGCCCUUUUGCAGGUGGAAUGAACAUAAUUGCUCUGAAUGCUCUCGCCAAUGGAAGCAUUAGCAGAUACUGCUACUCGGAUCGCCCAGGUAUAGGAUGGUCCGACAACGCACCCUCCCCCUUCUCAGCAGGCAUGGCAGCAGAUGUACUUUCUGAAGCUCUAGCUCGUGCAGGCGAAGAAGGACCUUUCAUCCUAGCCAGUCAAGGCGUAGGUAGUAUCUACAGUCGAGUGUUCUCCUCCCGGCACGGCCGCGACGUCAAAGGCAUCCUCCUCAUCGAUCCCCUCCACGAAGAUCUCCUCUACCGCAUCGGCUCCCCGAACCGGGGCUUCCUCCUCUGGGCCUGGGGAAUCAUCUCCCCUCUCGGACUCGAUCGCAACUUUGCCGCCAUCAUCAAAGGCCGCACACGCGAAGAUCGGGUCUUUGGCCGGUCCGCGUAUCAAAGUGGGAAGUUCAUCAAGGCAAGGUUACAGGAGAGUCUUGUGGCAAAUAGUCUGACGAAGAAUGAGGUUGGUAGUGCGAGGAACAUCCAGAAGGAGAAGACGCCGUUGGUAGUUAUUAGUUCAGGGAUCAGUGUGAAGACGGAUACGGAGUGGGAGAAAAAACAGGGGGAUCUGACGAGGUUGACGAGGAAUCUUGUGGCGUGGGAUAUUGUUAAUAAGGCGCCCUCGGAGGUUUGGAGGACGAGGGAUGGGAGGGAUAUGAUUGAGAAGAGGUUGGGCGAGUUGGUGAAGGGAAGUGCGUAGGUUGGAUUCGAUUCGAUGGAUGGUUAAGUGGGGUUUGGAUUGAUAUGUGAGAGAUCCCGCUUCUCGUUUCCCAUUUUUUGGUACUUGAGUUUUUCUUUCCAUCUUUUUCCUAUCUUCCUCCUCUUUCUGGUUUUUUUCUGCGGGAUAUCGGGUUCCAUAUACAUCUUCUGCAUAAGCCAGGUGCUGGUUCGGAUUGGGGUGUUUGUUUUCUUUUCUUCUUCUUUGGGUAAUGGGAUGGGAAUGGAAUGGGAUGGAGCGGAUGGGUUGCAUUGGAUUGGGUGGGGAAAUCUAUGAUGUACAUGUCCUUUCACUAAUCAUUAUUGAGUUAAUUUGAUAUAAUAC